AUGAAGGAUAAUUUUGUGUGGGACUGUUCACGUAUCAAACUGUGGAACAACGUGGCAUCCUGUAUGGAGAAAUGGUUCGGUGAUAAACGGCUGUGGUUAUUUGGCAACAACCUGCCGCUGCUACCGAGAAGGUCACGCGCGAGCAGUCGCGCGAUGGAGCGCUACGAGAAGCUCGCCAAACUGGGCGAGGGCUCGUACGGGCUCGUGUACAAGUGCCGCAACCGGGACACCGGCGAGAUCGUCGCCGUCAAGAAGUUUGUUGAGAACGAAGAUGAUCCACUCAUCCGGAAGAUUGCCCUCAGGGAGAUACGGAUGCUAAAAAAUUUGAAGCAUCCAAACUUGGUGAACCUGAUCGAGGUGUUCCGUCGCAAGCGCAAGCUGCACCUCGUGUUCGAGUACUGCGACCACACGGUGCUGCAUGAGUUGGAGAAAUAUCCUGCUGGCUGUCCAGAGCUUCUAUCGAAGCAGAUAAUCUGGCAGACGCUGCAGGGCGUGGCGUACUGCCACCGACAUAACUGCAUCCACAGAGACGUCAAGCCGGAGAACAUACUGCUCACUAGCGAGGGAGUCGUCAAGCUUUGUGACUUCGGCUUCGCGAGGAUGAUCAGUCCUGGAGAGAGCUACACAGACUACGUGGCGACGCGGUGGUACCGCGCGCCUGAGCUACUGGUCGGAGACACCAUGUACAGCACACCGGUCGACGUCUGGGCUAUAGGUUGCGUCUUCGCAGAACUUCUGUCGGGCGAAGCGUUAUGGCCGGGGAAAAGCGACCUAGACCAAUUAUAUCUAAUACGAAAAACCCUUGGGGAUCUACUGCCCAGGCAUAUGACAAUAUUCUCACAAAACACCUUUUUUCAGGGUAUGGCGCUGCCGGAGCCAAGCACGGUGGAGCCUCUACAAAAGAAAAUACCUCAACGGUACUCCUGCAACGAGCUGGUGCUAGACUUUAUGCAUAAAUGCUUAGACAAAGACCCGAUGGUGAGGUGGACCUGCGAACAACUGCUGAGGCAUCCCAUCUUCGAGAACUUCCUCUUCACGGUACCACAUUCAGACCAUGAAGAGUAUGAAAAAUCUAGAAGAGCGCAGCAUCGAUACUUGGGUCGGAGAAGUCAUAUGCCAGAAACAUUUCCUGAGCCAAUCACAGUGGACAUAAGCGUCGCGCCAUCCCCAAAGAAGGGUAAAGGCAAAAAGAAAUAG